GGAGGCGGUGGCGCAGGCGGGGCUCGCUCGCCUCGGCUCGGCGGCGGGGCCCGGCUCGGUGAGGCCGGUUGCCUGCGGGGGCCCGUGGACACGGGCGCUGGUUCAGCUGGGGCAGACGGAGGGCGGCGGGACGGGCACGGAGCAGGCCAGGGCAGGGCAGCCGCGGGGAGCCCAGCGGGGCGGCCGGGAGAGCGGCGGGCAGUAAUGGAACAACUGCAGGAUCCAGUUAUGCAAGAAGAUGCAAAUAUUAAAGCUAUUAAUGAAGAGUACAGGAAAGCCUUUAUUUUUAUCAAUAAAGGACUGAAUACAGAUGAACUGGGUCAGAAGGAAGAGGCAAGAAGUUACUAUAAGAAAGGGCUUGACCACUUGCUCCGAGGAGUUAGUAUUCCAUCAGAGGGUCCUGCAUGUGUAGGGUCCCAGUGGGAGUCUGCCAGGCAAAUGCAGCAGAAGAUGAGGGAGACCCUGCAAAAUGUUCGUGCUCGACUCAGCAGUCUAGACCAAAACACCCCACCUCUAGAAGCAAGUCCUGCUACGAUGGAUGCCCCUCCUGGGGUACCCAAGUUAUAUCCAUCCAUUCCUUCCAAAGAAAAGCCAGAAAGACCACCUGCCCCUAAUUCUCUGUUUGCACGAAGUCAACCAUCCGCAGCAGAUGGAGGUGUUGCAGCUGUGAGCCAGGGUCAAAUUCCAGCUAUGAGUCCAUCCUCUGGAAAACCUCUCUGUCUACCAAAUGAAGCACCUCCUGCCUAUACUCCUCAAGCUACCAAUGGCCAUUUUACUGUGUCUUAUGGCACAGACUCUGGAGAGUUUUCUUCUGUAGGUGAGGACUAUUACAACAAGUGUACUCAGCCACCUCCCCUGGAAAACCUGGGAGUGGAUGCAGAUGAGCUGAUCUUGAUUCCCCAAGGAGUACAGAUAUUUUUUGUGACUCCUGAUGGGCAGGUUAGUGCUCCUUCAUAUCCUGGAUAUCUACGCAUUGUGAAGUUCUUGGAUACAGAUAGUGAAGCAGCUCAGAAUCGUCCACCUGCAUUUCUUCAGGUUUGUGACUGGUUGUAUCCUCUAAUGUGUAACCAGUCUCCUGUUCUGUGCUGCAGUACUGGAGUCUACAUGUUCCCUGACACAAUGUCCCAGAUACCAGGGUCCUAUGUAGGAGUAGUGCUGUCUUCAGAACUUCCAGCAGCUGACAAAGAGCUGUUUGAGGAUCUCUUAAAACAGAUGUCUGACCUUCGAAUCCAGGUGCCAGGAUCCCAUGAGAAAUUAGGGUUAUCUUCAGAGCUCCCAGCAACUGAGAGAGCGCAUUUUGAAGAUAAAUUUAAACAGAUGUCUGGCCACAAAGUCCAGCCUUCAGAAGCCUCUAGUGAUGCAGUUAACUUGCCUCAGACUGUACAUAUCCAACCACAACCUGAAGGAGCAGAAAAUCAGAAAGAGUUACCAGAGUGGAGUGAGAAGGUUGCCCAUGGUAUCUUGUCAGGUGCAUCUUGGGUAAGCUGGGGCCUAAUGAAAGGAGCAGAAUAUACUGGUAAAGCUAUUCACAAAGGAGCUUCUAAACUGCGAGAACACCUUCAACCAGAAGAAAAACCUGUGGAAGUCAAUCCAACUGUAGCAAAGGGACUUCAUGUAGCAAAACAGGCUACUGGAGGAGCUGUGAAAGUCAGCCAAUUCUUAGUUGAAGGAGUAUGUUCUAUAGCAAGCUGUGUCGGAAGGGAGCUGGCUCCACAUGUGAAGAAGCAUGGCAGCAAAUUAGUUCCAGAAUCCCUUAAGAAAGAUAAAGAUGGCAAAUCCACUUUUGAUGGUGCUAUGGUUGUAGCAGCAAGUGGAGUUCAAGGGUUUUCAACAGUGUGGCAAGGUUUAGAAAGUGCAGCGAAGUGCAUUGCUAAAAGUGUUUCAACUGAGACUGUAAAAACUGUCAAAUACAAGUAUGGAGAGGAUGCUGGCCAUGCUACAGAUGAUGCUAUGAAUUCUGCAAUCAAUGUUGGUGUGACAGCAUUGAACAUUGACAAUAUUGGUAUCAAAGCUGUUGUAAAGAGAACUGCAAAGGAAACUGGCCAUGCUGUCCUAGAUGAAUAUAAAGUAUUGGAUAAUGAAAAGAAGGGUAAAAAAUGAAAGCAAUUAAAUAUUUCUCAAAGCCUUACAUUAGAGAUGAAACUUCCUAUUUACAAGUAACUGCAUUGCUCAUCUGCAAUUGAACAUAAAUCACACUGUACUUUCCAAGCAACUGUUACUUAAUUUGACAUGAAAAUGUAAAAAUAGGGAGAGCAUUCGUAGAAGGAAAAAUGAAAGUUGUCAACUCCUUGUUCUGUAUUGAACAAGAAUUUUAAACAACUGGAUCAGGGCUUUAGGCAGCUGGAAGAUUAUGAGUUUGCAGUUCAUAUACUUGCCUCUGUAAGCACUUUUUCAAAAUAAUAUAUGGAAUAACAGAUUAAUAUAGUAAUACUAUUGUGAAUAUUUUUGUAACACUUUAUAAAGAAGGUGGUGAUACUGAAAAAGUAGGAUUACUAAUUCUGGAACAAGUAGAAUUAUUAGUUUUGGGUUUAUAAUGAUCCUUGAGUUAGUUUUACUAACCUAGCCUUGUCUUAUUUAAUAUGCAUUACUAAAAUAAGCAUUGGGUUUCAUUGUUUUAUAGAGAAUUUAUCUUUUCAGCUACCAAACAGCUAAUCUUAUCCAAAGUUCAUGUCAGGAGAAAUGAAAGAUGAACCUCAGGUAACUAGGCAGUUAUUCCCUUUUAAACUUUUUUUUUUCCAUCCAGCAUAUAAGUAAACCAAAGAUACCAAGCAUUUCUUUUAAAAGACAGUAUUUACAGAUCUAGAAAAGUGCAUUUUCCACUUGACUCCAUAAGGAAUAUACAAAGAUUCUUUGAAAUUCAGAUUUUUAUGUAGAGAGGAGAAGUAUGUUUUUGCAUAAAUUAUUUUUUUGUGAAAAUAUUCUGUAGAAUGCACUAGGAACUUCUGUGCAUUCUGUACUUUGCGGGCAAUCCAGAAGGAUUCAGAUUAUAUAUCAUGGCCUCCUAAUGGAAGACAGUAUAUAUUUGAACAAAUAGUUCUAACAGUCAUCAUCUUUAUUCCAUUAAAUUCAUAGUUGCACAAGGGUAUGAAGUCUUUAAAAAGGGUACAAAGGCAAGCCCUUUUAAUGGAGAGAGGUGUGUAGAAUAGAUGCAACUGUGUAGAUUUGCAAUCCUCUUUGUAGCCCAGUGUAAAAUAACUCAGUAUGUCAAAUCCUUGAGAUGCUUUGGCACCGCUACUUAUUUAACGGUUCACUAUUGAGUUUUAAAGCUGCUACAUAUUCUAAUAUUGGCUGUACCUGCAACAAACAGAAUGCCAUCAAUUUACAACUUAUCUCCAUUUCAUGUAAAUGGAGAAAAUAACUGAAUGGUUGUUAGCUAGUGAUAUUUGUAUCAGAUUAAAAAAAACACAGUAACAACUGUCUAUUAAAAUGGUAAUAGGUGCACAUUUUGUGGUAGCUGCUGUAGGGUGAGAAAUGUGAAACACAAGGAUCUAACCACUUGAAGUCUAACUUUGAUUUAUGGAAAUAAAGAUGAAAUUAAAAUUGGUUAA